AUGUCUGGAAGCCGGGGGCCUGAAGCGUUAGCAGUUGUAAUAACACUCUAUAUUAUAAGCUUCAUAGCCAUUGGACUUCGAUUCUUCACCCAUGGUUUUAUCCUUAAGCACUUCUUCCCUGAGGAUUAUAUCUCAUUGGUUGCGUUGAUAUUAUACACAGCUUACACAAUCUGUGCUGCCCUGUCUAUCAAAUAUGGCAUUGGCUCGCAUGUGGUAGACGUACCGCCUGAUGAUCGCCCAAAGGCUAUCUUUUAUAGAUGGAUUGUCACUUUCAUAUAUGUCAUUCUUUCAUUAUUAACCAAGUGGAUUGUGGGAACAUUUCUCUUGCGAAUUUGCCCACGUAAACGCUGGCGGCAAAUCACAAUCUGGACCAUCUUGGCUGUCAUCACUGUAUUCGAUCUUAUAUUUUUGGUAUUCGCUAUUCGAACUUGCCAGCCAAUAUCAUUGCAAUGGACGAGAUAUAAUCCUAUUCCAUCGACAGUGGGCAGCUGUAACCCAACAACAUUUGCCACAAUCACGACAUAUAUCGCAGCUUUUAUCAAUGUUAUCGCUGACUGGAUAUUGCCUGCAUUACCCGCCACUCUUGUAUGGAAAGCACAGAUACCACAGCGAGAGAAGAUAUCCAUUAUUGUUUUACUUGCUCUAGGAUCUAUUGCCUCUAUUGCUACUAUCGUUCGCAUUCCAUUUGCAAGAGGCUAUCUCGACAACCCAGACUACCUCUAUACCACCGUCGACCUAGGUAUUUGGGGUACGGUUGAGAUUGGAGUUGCCCUGGCCACUUCAUCAUUUGCAACACUUAAACCACUGCUGAAGAAGAUGCGCCUUUUCAGCAAUUUAUCAUCGUCUGAGAGGCUAGACUCCGGUCCUGUCGAAAGGAACAACAAUACAGCAGCUGGGAGGAAGAUAACUAUCACUAAUCGAGUGGAUUCUUCCUCUGGCCCACAAGAAGCAAGGGAAUCGUGGCGGGAUAGGUGGGGACGAAAAGGAUCUAUGGAUGUGGAAUUGGUUGGUCAACGUCAAGACAGGUAUGCCUCUGAUCAAAAUCAGGACUCUGAUAUUGAGGUGGGCCUCCAUAAAGAAUAUUAA